UUGGGCUUCAAUACUUUUCCCACUCCCUCCCCGUAGCCUCCCACGAAACAUUUUCUUGAUUUUCCGGCCACUUCUAGCCGGAAACUUUUUCUACUUGUGUACUUUGGAUGAGUUUUUUUGAAGCUCCUUGAAUUGUUUAUUUGGGCUAAAGAUUAAUUUUUUUUAGUUUUUUUUUUGUAGUUGAUUUUAUGAGUAAAAAUCUUGACUCGAGGGACAAUUGAGCUUGAGUUGUCUGGAAAGAGACUAAGAAUUGGAGCUUUUGAACUUAAUAUGCAGUUAAAGAUCCAAUUUUUCCAACUGGGCUGGCGUGAAUCACAUCAUGAAGGCCUUAGACAUGCACGUAUGCGUCCCUACACCUGAGCUUGAGUGCAAAAUUGGGUUCUUGACAGCAUUUCAUUCAACAGGUGUUUUGGGUGAUAUGGGAGAUAGUGAUAAGAGUAAAAAAAUGAUUAGCAGAAGUGAAAUGGAGAAUUUUCCAUUGGAUGCAAGUAGACUUUCUAGAGACUUGUUGAAUAGAUUUAUGGGUGCUAGUAGUUCCAGGGAAGGUAAAUUGGUGGUCAAAGAAGAAGUGGGAGAUGAAGGUGAGGAAAUUGAGUUGAGUCUUGGGUUGUCAUUGGGAGGAAGAUUUGGUGUGGAUAAGAGUUCAAAGAAGUUGAUGAGAUCAUCUUCUGUAGCUGCAUGUUUGCCAGUUGUGAGAGAUGAUGAUGCUGUAGCUGCUUCACCGCCUCCGGUUUCGUAUCCUAGUUUAGUGAGGGCUUCAUCUCUGCCUGUUGAGACUGAAGAGGAGUGGAGGAAAAGGAAGGAGUUGCAGACUUUGAGAAGAAUGGAGGCUAAGAGGAGGAGGUCAGAGAAGCAGAGGAAUUUAAAGGCUGAUAGAGAAGGUAGUGGAGGUUUGGGAGAAGAAAAGAGGGAUGUUGAGGUGAAUUUGAGGGGGAGAUUGGAGAAAGAUCAGUCAUCGGUAGCUGCUAAAAGGUUUGGUUCAUCGGUGUCACCUCCGCCUUUAGGGAUGGCUAUGAUGGCUGCUGCUGCUGGACAUUCUCCAAUGGGUGGCGGAAUUGAUGUGGCAAUGGUAAAAGGAAAAGGAGGUUAUCUAGGCGGAAGUGGAGUGCAAGGUUUUGGGCAGCCACUGUCGCAAGGAUCUGUGGAAUCACAGGGAGGAAGUUCUUCUUCUGAGUUGGAAAGUAGACCUCUUCAAGGAUCCAGCAGUUGCGAUGACCUUAGUCCUGUCAGCUUUAAAUCAUUACAAGAAGCAAUUGGUCAGGAUGUUGGUUCUUCUAGGACAAAGUUAAGGGACAGUCUUGGCAGAACAUCUGGUGUGGAGAUGGAAAAUCCUUCUAAACAAGCUGAAAUUCCAAAAAAUCAAGGGAAAGAAAUUGGGACGAAUGCGUUGGAAGACAUGCCAUGUGUCUUUACCAAAGGAGAUGGUCCAAAUGGGAGAAGAGUAGAUGGAAUACUAUACAAGUAUGGAAAGGGAGAAGAAGUAAGGAUAAUGUGUGUGUGUCAUGGUAAAUUCCUUUCCCCAGCAGAGUUUGUGAAGCAUGCUGGAGGGAGCGAUGUUACUCAUCCACUCAAGCACAUAGUAGUGAACCCUAAUGCAUCUCCUUUGAUGUGAAAAAAAAAAAAAAAUAAGGCAAGGAUGUUCAACCUUUUUUUUUAAAUCAUUUCUUAUUCCUUUUUUAUCCUUCCCCAGUGGGGAACCUUAUGUAUAGAUGGAUAAUCAUGCUUGGACUGACAAUUAUGGUACAAGAAGAGAAAAUUUUGUAUGUACCAUUGCGGAUUGUUUUAGGAAAUGCAGAGUAAACUUCUAUUGCUUCUCA